AUGGCCUCGGAAAACGUGUCUUCUGGAGAGGUCAAGAAGCCUCGACUCGAAUCACCUCUGAUCGGAACCCAUAGCGGUACUUUUCAUGCCGAUGAGGCGUUGGCUGUGAGCUUAUUAAGGAGCUUGGAGAAAUUCAAAUCAUCUCGUUUGGUGAGAACCAGAGACCCUGCUGUCCUUGAAACUUGCGAUAUCGUUGUUGAUGUAGGUGGGCAAUACGACCCAGCACGUCAUCGUUACGAUCACCAUCAGCGCGAGUUCUCAGAGACUUAUUCAGGAGAUCAUCGCACAAAGCUUUCAUCCGCUGGUCUGAUCUACAAACAUUUCGGAUCAGAAAUCGUGGCCAGCCAUUUAGGCCUUCCAACCGAUAACCCAACUGUUCCAAUCCUUGUGGCGAAAUUGUACGAUGGCUUCAUUGAGGCGAUCGACGCGAUCGACAAUGGCAUAGAACGGUACGAAACUGUUGACCAGGACGGCAAACCUACCAACCUGCCAGUCAAACUGAGAUACCAAUCUCAUACCGACUUGAGCAGUCGCAUCAGUCAUCUGAACCCCGCGUGGAAUGAGCCGGUCAACAACACAAUCCUAGAUAGUCAAUUUGAGAAAGCCUCCAGUCUCGCUGGAUCUGAAUUCUUCUCACGCCUAGAUUAUUUCUCCAAAGCCUGGUUGCCUGGACGAGAGUUGGUUGUCAAAGCAUUAGAGAACCGUUUUACUAAUCAGGCUCAAGACAAGUUCGGAAGGGUGCUCAUCUUCGAUAGCUUUUGCCCAUGGAAGGAUCACCUGCACACCUUGGAGAAGACUACACUCACAGAAUCAUCCGAGCGGCCUUUAUACGUGCUGUAUGCAGACGAAAGUCAGAACUGGAGAAUCCAAGCCAUCCCAGUGACUCCUGGCGGAUUUGAGUCACGGAAGGCACUGCCAGAAGCUUGGCGAGGUGUCCGCGAUGCUGCUCUCAGUGAGCUCAUCGGCAUCCCCGGCUCCAUCUUUGUACACGCGUCCGGCUUCAUUGGUGGUAAUCAAACCUUCGAGGGCGCCUUGAAAAUGGCUCAAAAGGCUCUCGAAGCCUAG